CACUAUCUUCAGAUUGUGAAUAAGUGGAACACAGCUCUUAUUGGCCUUAUGACAUACUUUCGGGAGGCUGUGGUGAACACCCAGGAGCUCCUGGACUUGCUGGUGAAGUGUGAGAACAAGAUCCAGACACGAAUCAAGAUUGGCCUCAACUCCAAGAUGCCAAGUCGCUUCCCCCCUGUCGUGUUCUACACCCCUAAGGAGUUGGGUGGACUUGGCAUGCUCUCAAUGGGCCAUGUGCUCAUCCCCCAGUCUGACCUCAGGUGGUCCAAGCAGACAGAUGUAGGUAUUACACACUUUCGUUCAGGAAUGAGCCAUGAAGAAGACCAGCUGAUUCCCAACUUGUAUCGCUACAUACAGCCCUGGGAGAGUGAGUUCAUUGAUUCUCAGCGGGUCUGGGCUGAGUAUGCACUCAAGAGACAAGAGGCCAUUGCGCAGAACAGACGACUGACCCUAGAAGAUCUAGAGGAUUCAUGGGAUCGUGGCAUUCCUCGAAUCAACACCCUCUUCCAGAAGGACCGGCACACACUGGCUUAUGAUAAGGGUUGGCGUGUCCGAACUGACUUUAAGCAGUACCAGGUUUUGAAGCAGAACCCUUUUUGGUGGACACACCAGCGGCAUGAUGGAAAGCUCUGGAACCUGAACAACUACCGUACAGACAUGAUCCAGGCCCUGGGUGGUGUGGAAGGCAUUCUGGAACACACUCUCUUCAAGGGCACUUACUUCCCUACCUGGGAGGGGCUUUUCUGGGAGAAGGCCAGUGGUUUUGAGGAGUCUAUGAAGUGGAAGAAACUAACCAAUGCUCAGCGAUCAGGAUUGAACCAGAUUCCCAAUCGUAGAUUCACCCUCUGGUGGUCCCCAACCAUCAACCGAGCCAACGUAUACGUAGGCUUUCAGGUGCAGCUGGACCUGACAGGUAUCUUCAUGCACGGCAAGAUCCCCACGCUGAAGAUCUCUCUCAUCCAGAUCUUCCGAGCUCACUUGUGGCAGAAGAUCCACGAGAGCAUCGUUAUGGACUUGUGUCAGGUGUUUGAUCAGGAACUGGAUGCACUGGAAAUUGAGACAGUACAAAAGGAGACAAUCCACCCCCGAAAGUCCUAUAAGAUGAACUCUUCCUGUGCAGAUAUCCUGCUCUUUGCCUCCUAUAAGUGGAAUGUCUCCCGGCCCUCAUUGCUGGCAGACUCUAAGGAUGUGAUGGACAGCACCACCACUCAGAAGUAUUGGAUUGACAUCCAGUUGCGCUGGGGGGACUAUGAUUCCCAUGACAUUGAGCGCUACGCCCGGGCCAAGUUCUUGGACUACACCACAGACAACAUGAGUAUCUACCCUUCACCCACAGGUGUGCUCAUUGCCAUCGACCUGGCCUAUAACCUGCAUAGUGCCUAUGGAAACUGGUUCCCUGGCAGCAAGCCCCUCAUACAGCAGGCCAUGGCCAAGAUCAUGAAGGCAAACCCUGCCUUGUAUGUGUUACGUGAACGGAUCCGCAAAGGGCUGCAGCUUUAUUCAUCUGAGCCCACUGAGCCCUAUCUGUCCUCUCAGAACUAUGGUGAGCUCUUUUCCAACCAGAUUAUCUGGUUUGUGGAUGACACGAAUGUCUACAGAGUGACUAUCCAUAAGACCUUUGAAGGGAACCUGACCACCAAGCCCAUCAAUGGGGCCAUCUUCAUCUUCAACCCGCGCACAGGGCAGCUGUUUCUCAAGAUAAUUCACACAUCUGUGUGGGCUGGACAGAAGCGUUUGGGGCAGUUGGCUAAGUGGAAGACAGCUGAGGAGGUGGCUGCCCUAAUCCGAUCUCUGCCAGUGGAGGAGCAGCCCAAGCAGAUCAUUGUCACCAGGAAAGGCAUGCUCGAUCCAUUGGAGGUGCACUUGCUGGACUUCCCCAAUAUUGUGAUCAAAGGAUCAGAGCUCCAGCUCCCCUUCCAGGCUUGUCUCAAGGUGGAAAAGUUUGGGGAUCUCAUCCUUAAAGCCACUGAGCCGCAGAUGGUUCUCUUUAACCUCUAUGAUGACUGGCUCAAGACUAUCUCAUCUUACACGGCUUUCUCCCGCCUCAUCCUGAUUCUGCGUGCCCUGCAUGUGAACAACGACCGGGCGAAGGUGAUCCUGAAGCCAGACAAGACUACGAUCACAGAACCACACCACAUCUGGCCCACUCUGACUGACGAGGAGUGGAUCAAGGUGGAGGUGCAGCUCAAGGACCUUAUCUUGGCUGACUAUGGCAAGAAAAACAAUGUGAAUGUGGCAUCACUGACACAAUCAGAAAUUCGAGACAUCAUCCUGGGUAUGGAGAUCUCGGCACCAUCACAGCAGCGGCAACAAAUAGCUGAGAUUGAGAAGCAGACCAAGGAACAGUCACAGCUGACUGCAACCCAGACUCGUACUGUCAACAAGCAUGGUGACGAAAUCAUCACCUCUACCACCAGCAACUAUGAGACCCAGACCUUCUCAUCUAAGACGGAAUGGAGGGUCAGGGCCAUCUCUGCCGCCAACCUGCACCUAAGGACUAAUCACAUCUAUGUUUCAUCUGAUGACAUCAAGGAGACUGGUUAUACCUAUAUUCUUCCCAAGAAUGUGCUUAAGAAGUUUAUCUGCAUAUCUGACCUUCGGGCCCAAAUUGCAGGGUACCUCUAUGGGGUGAGCCCACCAGAUAACCCCCAGGUGAAGGAGAUCCGCUGCAUCGUGAUGGUACCACAGUGGGGCACUCACCAGACUGUGCACCUGCCUGGCCAGCUGCCCCAGCAUGAAUACCUCAAGGAGAUGGAACCCUUAGGUUGGAUCCACACUCAGCCCAACGAGUCCCCCCAGCUGUCACCCCAGGAUGUCACCACCCAUGCCAAGAUCAUGGCUGACAACCCAUCUUGGGAUGGCGAGAAGACCAUUAUCAUCACCUGCAGCUUCACACCAGGCUCCUGCACCCUGACAGCCUACAAGCUGACCCCCAGUGGCUAUGAAUGGGGCCGCCAGAACACAGACAAGGGCAACAACCCCAAGGGCUACCUACCCUCGCACUACGAGAGGGUCCAGAUGCUAUUGUCAGACCGCUUCCUUGGCUUCUUUAUGGUCCCUGCCCAGUCCUCAUGGAACUACAACUUUAUGGGUGUUCGGCAUGAUCCCAACAUGAAGUAUGAGCUGCAGCUGGCAAACCCCAAAGAGUUCUACCACGAGGUGCACAGGCCCUCCCACUUCCUCAACUUUGCUCUCCUGCAGGAGGGCGAGGUCUACUCUGCGGACCGAGAGGACCUCUAUGCCUAGUUGUCUCCUCACCUGCUUGAGACACCCCAGAGGCUAGAGCCUUUUACCCCCACAGACAAGCUGGUGACAUUCAGCAGCUUGGCCCCUUUUUCCUCUGUUUUGUGCUUAUGUUGUUGAGCUCCUGGUGACUUGUAAUUCUGAACAAAGUAUAAUAAAUUUUGUAUAAAUAGGA